AUGUUUCUGUGCAUUCUCAUUAUCUGCAUUGUUUUCGGUGAGUCAGGCGGCUCAGAAGGCGUCGGUUUUUGUAAACAACACGUCGAGCCGAGGGAAUUGAACCAAUUAGUUGGCGAAGUUGGAAAAGGGACUCGUUUUUCAAGAGACGGAAAAAUUGAACUAGCUGGAAAAGUCAUGUCUAGGAUCUUUGGAAUAAGAGUUGGCGACCUAAUGAUUGGUCGAAUUGGGCGGAAAUUUAAAUUUUUUAAAUUUCCGAUAUGCUCUGAGCUUAGUGAUUUCCCAUUGUUUUCAGUCGGCGCCGACCACAUCACGUUCUCGCCGCCCGAGGAAGCCUUUGUUCUCUACCACAGCCAUCAGAACACCAACUUCACUUCGGUUUUUGUGCAGGUCAGUCUGAACAACUUUUUGGUUUGUUCUUCGAUGAAAACAAUGGUCAGAAACCGAAAAAAGACAGGCUUUUGAUGCUUACAAAUCAUAGAUUUUAAGUAAAAUAGUUUUUUUUUUUUAGGAUGGUUGUCCGAACAGUCGGAAUCUGCUCGCUACCGUGUACUCUUCGGACGUCUCAACGUCUCGACGAGUAUUCGAAGAGGUGCCCCUUCAUUGUGCUGUCAAAGUGCGCAUUAUCACUGAGAAGGUGACUGUGGUAGGCAAAAGCAAACUCGAACGCCAAAAACCCGCAUCAUUCAUAGGUUCGACCGUACGUGGAUCUGCUGGCGGUGGUCGACGAGUCGCUGAUCAGCCACGUGGGCAGCAUCUGUGUGCACGCGCAACUCACGUCGUUCACUUCGGCCACGGAACUCGGGAAGUGCUACCUGAACAGUCAUGAUCAACGGGACACGUCGAGUUGUGUCAUCCGAGUGCCGGUCCCGUUUUCCUGGUUUCCGGAGCACAAUCGGACGAGUGUCGUGUCGGUUUCCUACACGAUUUCCGAAAAAUGCGAUCAAAACUUCCACGACUUGCCGCAACAUUUGGUAGAGAUCAACUCGAAGAUGGCGAAACAAAAGAUCGAUUGGCUCGCGAACGCAACGGACGUCUCCGUGACUCUACGCUCCAGUGCGAGCCAAUCGUUUUCGCAGAAUUCAAUGCAAACCAUGUUUCUUCAUGUGAACAGCUGGGGAAAUGAGACGCAGCCGAUGGAGAUCCGCUUGUGGGUGGACUCACGGAUGAGCAUCGAGACUGUCUACCCGACGAGUCCCAACUGGACGAUUCGGGUCUCCUCGGCGAGCCGCCCAUUCUUCUACACUUCGCUGACGUGCAAACCGCAGGAAGGAAUGACCGGAUUCAAUGAUAACAUCGUGGCGAUCCUCAUCAAAAUGGUGUCCUCCACAGAAGUAAUGAAAGACGACGUCGUUCUUCAUUGGCACGUCAUUUUCGGCUCUCCGGCAGGGAAUAAUGCUCCGGAUGAUCAUAAAGUGGCCACCAAGUUCAGUGUGAUCUCCGAUGAAAUCGCAGCGGUCAUCAUUGUUCCUAGAGUGAGAUUUUCCCGGAAAACUAACAAAAUUCACUAUUUUUGCAGAGAAACGAGUUGAUGAACAUGGCCGUAAUUUCCGGACAACAAGUGACCUCCUCCCUUCGCGUCUUCACCGUUUCUAUCGGAGCCAAGCCAGAAGACGUCACUUCGCUGUCCCACUGCAUUUCAUCGGAUGCGAACAUUCUCAAAGUCUCGCCCACUUGCUCCUCAGUCUAUCUUGACGGGUCCGAAACGAACGGAUCCUCGGAUGCUCAGAUCUACGCCCACUUUCUGAGAUACACAACGGCGUUCUCGUUCCGUGUCUGGUACCCGAAGCUCCCUUUGAAAAUCUGGACGAGCAGUUCACAGUUAUCAGCGAUCAAGGACUGGAAGGUCGGGUUUUGGAGAGAUUUACCGUCGCUCGGAGGGGUCAAGAGAUCGAGAGCGGCCAGGCAAUUUGCCUGUGUUAACCGGUUUCAGAAUGCUAAUGUAAGUUCGACUUCUAGUGAGCUCUAAUUUGAACAUUUUGAAUUAAAGAUAAAAGUGCUCGCUUCUCUAUGGAUCGAGGACAUCAAAACUGGCGAUCAACUGUAUCUGUCCUCUCAUAAAAGUAUUUUAUUCGAUGUCACGAAUAUAGUGCACAACACUCUUCAAAUAUCGAAUCGUUCGGUGGCCAAUGUGCAAUUUCACGAGGGACGCGCGGUGAUGUACGGAGAGAAUCCGGGCGUGGCCAAGUAAAGAUUUAACACAAAAAAUAGUGUGAAUUUCUGAUGUCCCACUUUUCAGAUUGAUAGUACGGAACACGAAACGAUCGCAAGACCUCGUCAGUGAGAACGUGAUGGUUCGGAGUGAAGAAGUGACGACGACCGGUCUCUCGGCCCGUCCGAUUUGUGAAACUUCCUUCCGAAUUCUGCCUAUUCUCUUCUCGGCGGCCUUCUUCAAAAUCGAGAUAAAUCACUCAAAAUCGCUGACGAAACUCUAUCAGCAAUGCUCAAUUUCGGCAAGUGUCAGCUACUCGGACGGUACGUGGGAGCCGCUCAACGACGUCGAUUCCACGUUUCUCGGCAUGACCGCGCAUUCGGACAACGAGCGGGUCCUCGCCGUUUCGCAUCAUGCGUCGAAGGUUCACGUCAUCGCAAUCGACGACGGUUUCCCGAUGCCGUCGGUCGAAAUUUCACUACAUUCUUCUGCUCAGUGUGCGUCGACGACAAGUGGAGCCGCGCCGGCGUUUCUAGCUGUUACCGUACUUAAUGUUCCGAUUCGAAUCAGCGGGGUAAGACAUGCUCCUAAUGUUUCUUUUUAAAAAAACCCUGAAUUAAAGAUGAACGCCUCCGAAUUUUCGAUGGAAUCGGAUACUUCCACGCCAUCCGGCGACCGCGAAAACCAAUCUCUUCCUUCCGUUCCCAUGCACGUUUUUGUGCUCACCAUCCUCGGAAUGAUACUUCUUUUCCUGCUCAUUUCCUGUAUACGCCGGUCCGCCACGUUCAAAGGGUACGUUACAAGCAGGGGUGUGCGGAAAAAAAUUCGGCUUUGACUGUGAAACUAUGAAAUAACUACGAAAAUGCCCCGCCCUCUUUAACUCCAAAAAUUGCAGAUACGAGCAACUGGUAGUCCCAUUUUUCUCCCGGUUAUCCUCCUCAUCGGGAAGCCAUUCAAGACAGGAGGAGACUAACGAAUGGGUCUGGUUAAGCCAGCCACAGCCGCCCUCUUCUACUAUGAGUCAGUUUAUCGGCAAAAACAUCGAAGGCUCAAAUAAUGAGCGAUUUUUUUUAGGUUCUGGGUAUUCUGGGAACAAAUCGACAGCGGAACGACAGUCUUCGAAUGGAGACGAUCCUUCGCGCACCAGUAUUUCCUAUCAUGGCUCCGAGAUUUCGGUGUUCAUCGCUCCGUCUCAGGCCAAUGUUGUGGUGAGUUAUUAACAAAAAAAUCGUUUUUUUUUCAACCAGAAAAAAUUACAGGUCAACCAGUCCCGUCACCCGCGGUACACCCUCGUCGACUCGAAUUCCGAUCACAAUCUGGCGCGAGUCGUUCCAAAAGAGGAAAAAUGGACUCACGACCAAUUUCACACGUGGACAUGGAAACAACGUGGGCGGACGGAGCCGCCCAUUCGAGAAAGUAUUGCUUGA